AUGUCUUCACGUGCGAUUCGAAAGCUGCAAAAGCUUCGUGAGCAAGAGCAACAACAGUCAGAGCUUCAACAUGAGUCAAGCGAAGAUGAAGCCCCGCGCCCCGCAAAGCCGAAAUUCAACGCGUUCGAUUUGUUGAACAUGGGCGAUGAUGACGAUAACGAUAACGAAGACGAAGACGAAGACGAAGGCGUGGAAGGAGGCAUCGAGCAUUCACAACAGGAACCCGCCGUACAGCCUUCAGAGCCCGAGCCUGCGCCAAAGUCCAAAAGUUCGAACAAGAAAAAGAAGAAGAAGAAGGCCUCAAAAACCUCUGCGUCGGCCAGAAGCUCUCCUACAAAGCCCAAUGAAGAACUGGAUGACUUCGAUGAGGCUUUGAAGAAGCUAUCGGUGGGUGGGAAGAGAGGUGCUAGUGCAGGUCAGACAACCUAUUCCGUAUUUCCACAGGAGGCUUCUUCGUUCCCGAAGACGACAAACGAAGUGCUUGGUAUUGAGCCCCGAUACCUUAAUGCGAACAACGAAAUGCGCCGCCUAUUUGGAAACGUUGUCCUCGAAAACUUUGAUCAGCCAGCCGAUGCUGGAGCUGGCCGCCGCCGAGAUCGCAAUCGACAGAUGAUCGACCUUGCGCAAGCUCUGACGGGAAGAUACAGCCCAGCGAGUAGAGGUUUGAGCCUAGGCGGUGUCACACAGCGCAAGAACGUUCUGAUGCAAGGCAAGGACGAAUGGCCACGUGCACCUAGUGGAGGGCUGGGUAUGGAAACCGAAGGAAGCUACUCCACGGGCGAAACUCUGUACAAGCUCGUCCACAACACCACCUACCAAGAUGUGCAGAGACAAUUCGAGCUCUGUGUUGAAUCGAUGGAUCCACAGAGAAUGAUCGGUCAUCUCCAGUACAAUCCCUACCACAUCUCUACCCUUCUCCAGGUUUCAGAGAUCGCCAAACACCAAGGUGAUCAUGCCGUAUCUGCCGAUCUAAUGGAACGAGCUCUCUUUAACAUUGGCCGCUCGGUCCACUCCUCGUUUGCCAAACGUCUCAAGGGUGGUGAAGCCAGAUUGGACUUCAUUCAUGCCGAGAACCGAGAGCUCUGGCUGGUCGGCUGGCGAUACAUUUCCAACCUUGGCAUGAAGGGAACUUGGCGAACUGCGUACGAAUGGUCUAAGUUGUUGCUUAGUCUUGAUGAUAGCGAUCCUUAUUGCAUGAAACUACUUAUCGAUCAUCUUGCACUUCGGGGCCGAGAAUACGCUCAAUUCGUCGAAAUGUGUACUCAGACACGCUUCAGUCGAGACUGGGAGGAUCUCCCCAACAUCCAGUGCUCUUUGGUCAUGGCAUAUCUGCGUCUGAACAAGCCCAAGGAGUGCCGGGAGCAACUUCAGCGCGCCAUGUCCCGCUACCCGUGGGUGUUCAGCAGACUGGCUCAAGAGCUUGACCUCCAGCAUGUCCCGCAGGCUAUCUGGGGCAAGAUGCCUCCUACAGGCUCCCACGAACUACUUAUGGAACUCUAUAUUGCCCGCGCUAAAGACCUCUGGAACACUCCCGAGGCAGUCGCACUCAUCAUGGAAGUCGCUGACUCUAUCUCCGGCGAGGCUGAGCCUAUUGAGCCACCAGAGAUCACAUUGGACAUUGCCCGUCAUGUGGUGCUAUCCGACCUGCCUAAGGUGAUGACCCAUCUUCCCAACUACUUUGUGGCUGGUCGUAUCUCAUCUUCCGAUCCCCUUCCACCGCAUGAUUCCGAAGCCCACCGGCAGCAAUCUGAGCCGGCACCCGUGUAUGUGGCUCCUACCGGCGCUGGUGGCGGUGGUGGAGAAAAUUGGCUUGAUGAUCUUCUGGGUCAGCUCAACAAUCCCAAUCCCGACCCAGACGAUAUCCAGGAUGGCCCGAGAAUCUUUGGACGCUGGCGCGGUGGAGAUGAAAAUGAAGACCAAAAUGAAGACCAAAACGAAGGUGCAAACGCGCCUGAUGAUGACCCUUAUGAAAUUCCAUCAUCGCGUGCUCCGAUUGGAGAUCGAGCAGCCCUUCAAGGGUGGCUUUCGCGAGAAGGACUGCAGAGCCUUCGGAUUUUCUUGUCCCAAUAUGGUGUUGACCGAGGUAACUGGAGCGAAACAGUGUUAAACUUUGCUCCCUUGAACAAUUAUGUGGAAGCCUUGGACAGUCUUCCACCGCCUGAGCGGCAACGAGUGUUGGAAGGCACCAUCAAGGACUCUCUGGGCGAUCUCGCUGUGAGCGUGCUAGUGGACGAACUUGAGGGAGAUGAGGAAUAA